CCUCCCCAGGACGGCCCGCGUGAGGGAGGGCAGUGAGCACAGGUCCAUGCCUUGCCCCCCCUCGGCCCCUGCUUGUCCCAGCCCUGGGGAUCCUGAGAGAGGAACCCAGGCCUGUGCUGCGCACUCUGGGGCCCCCGGGGUUUCCGGGCCACUGUCUCCACCUUCCCAGGGGCCUAGGCAUGGGCUCCACCCCCUUCCCCACAAAGCACCGCCCCACCAGGCUGGGGCAGCCCCAUCCUUGCCUUGGCCUUGGGUCCGGCAGGGCACUCAGAAGUGGCUCCCAGGCCCCUCUCCACCCUACCUACCCCACUCCGGGGCUGCCUGCCCAGGGCUCCUCCACUCGGGCACCGAGCUCAAGUGAAGCUCCAGCCAAAGCCCUGCCCCCACCCGCUCUGCUUCAGGGCCCCACUGUGAGGUCAGCGCCUUCCGAUGGGUUCCGUGCGGAGGUGUGUGGUGGGGCUGGGGGCUGGACAUGGCCCCCUGUCCCCAGCCUGACUCCUGCCUGGUCGGCAGCCCCCUUGGCCUCCUAUGUUUGUCCCUUUUGCUCAUCCCUGCUGCAGCUGGGACGUACUGCGAGUGCAGCCUCGGCCUCAGCCGCGAGGCCCUCAUUGCCCUGCUCGUGGUGCUGGCGGGCAUAGGCGCCAGUUGCCUCUGCGGCCUGGUCAUCGUGGCAGUCGGUGUCAUGAGAGCCAAGAGUGAGCCAUGCCCCAGACACAUGAGCAGCAGGUUGGUGGGGCACUACGGAGUCCAGGAAGAUCGCAUGGACCUGCACUCCGUGCAAGUGGAGUCCCAUGUCAUGGACCCCGACCUGGAGGUCUCCAUGCUGCCACCCCUGGACGAACAAGGCCUCCUGGCCAUUCCCAUGGACCCUAUGGCCCCAAACAUGACUGUGGAGGGGGAGCUCCCUCUCAGCCCCCCAACCUGA